AUGCAGAACGAGCUGAUCAAGGGGGGAGGGAUGCCCGUCCAGCCUCUGACUGGGGUCGAAAUCAUAGCCAACAGCGCGCGCCUGCUGGAAAAAGCCCGGGAGGCCGGCAUGCCGGUGAUCUACGUGGUAGUGAACCGGCGACCCGACCGCAGGGAUGUUCCGCGCCCGCCUUUCGGAGCGCCGGCCAGCGCCGCCGAUGGAGGUCCGCGUCUGACCGCAGGGUCUCACGACGCCGAAGUCGUCGAAGAGCUCGCGCCGCAGCCCGCGGACCCGGUCGUCAUCAAGCACACGACCAGCCCAUUCAACACGACUGACAUAGAGGUCUAUCUGCGGCGGUUCGGGAUAACUACGCUUAUCCUAACGGGUUAUUCGACCACCGGCGUGGUCGAAGGGUCGCUGCGGGACGCCAGGGACAAAGAUUACGACUGCGUGGUGGUGCGAGACUGCUGUGCGGCAGGUACAGUCGCAGAGCAUGACGUGUGCAUGGACAUCAUCUUCCCACGCAUGGCCUGGGUGGCGACGGCGGACGAGGUAAUUGGGGCGAUCGCUAACUGA